AAUGAUUCACAUUAUUUAAUUUUAUGCGGAGACAGAUUUCCCCCAAAGAAGAACCACAAAGACAUGUAAUGUUGUGCAGUAUUAAAUAUGUUUCCCCCUUUCCAUCUCUCCAUAUGCAUUAAGUGUUUUUCUAUGAAUACACAUAAUUUAUUUUUCAAAUAAAAACAUUCAGGAAAGCAGCUUGUGAACCACAUACAGUAUAAUACACAUGUAUUUUUUUUGUUGCAUCUCAUGAGAUUGAUGGCACUGCAAUGCUACUGUGAAGAACAGACCUUCUCUCAUGAAACUACAGAGACAGAAAAAAUCUAAGGUAUUUAUGUGCAGUUGCUUAUUCCAAACCAGCUAAUUUAGUAAUAAGCAAUGUAUAUGAAUGUUUUCAUCUGAUCACAGCAAUUGAAACACAAUAGUCAGUGUGUUUUAUUGCAGCUGUACUUACACCAAAAGCUUCCAUCAUCAACCAAAAACGGACAAAACAAUGACGAAUGAAAGAAAAUCUGCAGAGGCCCUCUAAAUCAGUGAAGAACUAAAGGAAUGCGAAUUUUUAAGAGGUCCCUACUAGGAUAAAAUGUGCACAUACUUCAUUUACAAUCAUAAUCAUUUAUUUCAAAAUUAUUAAACACCUUUAUGUGGUUUAGUUUCCAAGCCUCUGAAUAAAGUCAAGUGUGCACAGUACUCAUAAGGCAGGCACGAUAUAGUCUUAUCGGGCUUUGGUUGUAUAUGUUUUUGUCAGUCUGGAGGAGAAAGAGGUGUAGGCAGUGGCACAUGGGAUAAUGUGCCAUGUUGCAGUGGCACAUGAGAUAACGUGCCAUGUUUUGUGAGGUACUGUACUGCCUCAAAAAGUAAGUUAAACCCAAGAUACAAAUAAAUAUAAAGUGUCAAACUAACAGAAAAGGCACAAAACCUAUAAGUGAAACAAGCAAUUUCACAUUACGGGCCCAUGCAUUUGCAGAGCAAAAGAGACAGGCAAAGACUAAUGGAAAAACACCAAUCUUCAAGAUUAAAGUAACAAGAAUGUGUAUGAAUAUGGCUACUAACUAAUGUAUAUGGAUAGCAGCGCAAAAUGUAAUUUAUUAUGUAAUUCCAUAACCACACAAACGACCAACUUUUGUCUGCACUACAAAAGGUUAGUGCUAUCCGGAAUCCUUGAGACGUGCCUACCCUUAUCUCACUCUUUGACCAUUUUAAAUGUCAUAAUCAAUCGGCUAAUGUCAGAGUUGGGACCUCCUAUGGAUUCCAGAUUGCAGGGACCGCAGUCCAAAUCACCGCCAUCAUCAGUCUCAUCUGCGCAUGCCCAACCGACCCGGCAUGAGCGCAUAAUUGAAUAUUUGACGUCAUCAAUACGAGAAACAGACGGCUCUGGUGGUCAAAAACAAGAAAAAGCUGACGUUCGCUGCCUUUCAAGAUGGUAACGUUAGGCAGCAAGUUAUAUCUUCGUCUGAAUGUAUAACUUAGCUAGCUAAGGACAUCUAAACAGAUAACGUUAUAAGAUAUUGAAAACAAAAGUCAACGUUACACGGGCGUCGGAGUGAUAAGAGGGGGUAACUUUUCCCGGAAAGGUGAAGGGAAUUUGUUUUAAUUUGGUUGGUUAACGCUAGCUAGCUAGCGUGAUAAGUUAGCUAACAGUAGCAAUACUCCUUCCUGGACUUGUCGAAGUUGCAAAGCUAGCUGAAAAGCCAUCAGGAUAAGCUCUUUCUUAGCUAGCUAACGAACGUUAGAAAGCCAUUUUCUUUUGUGUUUCGCAUUAGCCACACCGUUCCUCGUUCGGUCUUUGUAGACCCUCCUAGGUUCAAAUCAUGGCGUGUGGAGCGACCCUGAAAAGGACCAUGGAUUUUGAUCCAUUGAUGAGUCCGACGUCCCCUAAAAGGAGAAGAUGUAUUCCGGUGUCCCCAUCAUCAUCACCACGGAAAUACCUUCGCAUGGAGCCGUCACCAUUUGGAGAAGUGUCAUCCAGACUAUCAGCUGAGCAAAUUCUGAACAACAUCAAGCAGGAGUACAAACGCAUUCAGAAGAGAAAGCACAUAGAUGGAGUUUACCAACAGACAGAGGGUUGCUACUCGCCAGAGUCUCCACCCCAUCUUAGUGGAUCCAGUAUGCCAGGCACAUCUGCUGGAGGUUCUUCUCCAUCAAAGAAAGAACAGCCCUUAUUUACUCUUAGACAGGUUGGAAUGAUUUGUGAACGUCUACUGAAUGAGCGUGAAGACAAAGUGCGGGAGGAAUAUGAGGAGACCAUGACUUCCAAGUUGGCAGAACAAUAUGACACUUUUGUGAAGUUUACACAUGACCAGUUGAUGCGAAGAUUUGGAGAGCAACCUGCAAGCUAUGUUUCCUGAGAGACCGACUUUGCCAGGCGACCUUCUCUUGCUGGAAGUUAGAGUUUAAAUCUUUGGAAAUCCCUGCAAGUGAUUGGUUUAAUGAAACGUCUUACUGUGCCAUAUUUCUCCUUUGGGCAAAGGUUUAUCUAAACCGUUGUCAGUGGUAAUCUCUCUCACGUAAGCAACUAGGUGCUUCCUAAUGUAAUUAUAUGGACCCCCUCUACCAGUGGCCUACAUUUCUCCUGCUGUACCUAUAUCGAUAAGUUGUCACUCUCUUACUUUUAUAAAGACAUCUGGCAUUCCAGACUUUAUUCACUGUUUUAUUCCUUUGUUACACAUGUAUAUAUGAUAAAGGAAUGUAGACAAAGGUUUGCUGGUCAAUCUAUUAGCAAGUGGAAGGUACGGUUUGGAGAAGAUAAUUUGCAAUGCCCCAGAGCCUUUUUGUAUGGGACUUUACAAAGACUAACUUCAAUUCAUUAGAUUUUUUUCUGCUUUCAAAAUGUUAUUUCAUUGACUGUUUUGCUUUCAAACCUAUGUACUUAGUAGAAAAACCAAACAAUAAAAUGUUAAGUUUCA